CUCGCGCGUGCGCCGCUCGCGCUCGCAAGGUACCCGCAAACUGCACAAGUGCCUGUCCACGGCGUCCGACGUCUACGCCGCGCCGCCCGCCCCGCAGCACUCGCUGCUGACGACGCGCCAGUAUUGCAGUUUUGGUAGUACAGUCACCUUGUACCGAGUCCACUCGGCUAAGUCUCCUUCCGUUCUGAGGCAGUCGCAGUUCUUCCUUUUUGUUUUUAUCUUUCGUUCGUUAUGUUUUAUGCCUUUUCCUCGGCGACGACGAGCGCUCGCUUGAGCCGGCGCACGCGCAUGGUUGCAUCCCGCACAUUGCGCGCAGCAUUUUGAGCUUAAGUGAAUAAUGAAGGCAUUGUGGCUGACGUUGUUGUCCGCAGCAAGUGAAGCUACGCUCUGUCUGUCUGUCUGUCUGUAUGUUUGGUAACUCGGUGCUGUGAGCUGAUCAAGCGCGCUCAGAGGUCUGUCAAUUACUCUCACUUGUAUCCCUUCGUUAUUUUUUGUUAAUUUAACUUUUUAUUCUUUUGGUUUGUCACACUCACUGAAAUACUUCUUUCCAUUACUAAAUACUCAAACAUGUUGACUACUGUGAGUUCGAAGAUGGCACUGUCCGCGAAUGUGACAGCUCUAACCUGAAAGUGUUGCCAGCUCUUGGUCCGACACAGUGACUGUAAGCUUGAGACAUCUUCAAACUCGCAUAAAUUUGUUCGUAACAUAAUGCUGGUGAUUCAUCACCAAACCUUACAUACAUGUAAUAUUUAGUGUUGCCAAUGUUAAAUGGACAUAAGCUGCAGAACGCCUGUCUCUCGCAGACUGGAACUGUAAACAUCUUUGUUGGCCCUUUAUUAUUUGCUGAAGCAUGUGUUGUUCUGUUACUUCCAUGUUUAUUUAUUUGAAAUAUUUCCAAUUUCAGAUCGGAAUCAUUUAAUAGGUAACCAUUGGAAUAUUCCUCACCUUUUAAGUUAUUAUUUGGUUCUAGUUGUAACAUCCGAGUAGACUUAUCCUUGGUUGUCAUUCCGAAUCCGAGCUAGAAUGAGUUCCUCAUGUUUGAUGGUGUUUCAUGUAUGUCCAUGUCGGCUUGAGAACUACUCUUGUUGUACAGUAUGUGGAGAGACGGACGCCGCGUGGCGCCCGCUGCCCUGUGCUCGUGCUUGUAACAUAUUGUGGUUUUGUUUGUCGGUACAGAACCCACUGUUCCGCAGACUCUCGCAUCUAUGGAGUACUUACACAUUAUGCAACCCAAUGGUACCCAAACAACAUUUGCAUCGUUUCAUUUAUUCUUUUGUUCUUUGGUAUGGUGUUCGUUUAUUUCCGCUUGUGCGUGACGCACCGUAGCCGCUCCUAGUGCGACGUGGCUGUGACUGUCUUGUAAUGUACCGCACACACUACCGUCGGCGCACUCUCGUUUCCAAUCUCUGACUGGCAUGACUCAUACUUGUACAACUAAAAGGUGACUUACUACUCAAAACUAUUUUAUGUCUAUCACUGUAUCACUGUUAUUGUUGCGAUGAACGAGCCCUACAGUAUAUCUAUAUGUUAUAUACCUAUAUAUGUGCAUUCUACAAGCGAGGCUUUCCACAUUG